CUGACAACAGUAAAAACAGUAAUAACAGUAACAACGGCGACAAUAGCGAAAAUGAUGACAACAGCAACAACGAUGACAACAGUGACAACUGCGACAAUGACAACAGUGACAACAGCGACAACAGCGACAGCAGCGACAGCAGUGACAACAGUGACAACAGUGACAACGGUGACAACUGCGACAAUGGAGACAAAAGUGACAGCAACAACGACAACGGUGACAACAGUGACAAUGGUCACAACCGCAAAAAUGAUGACAACGGUGACAACAGCGACAACGGCGACAACAGUGACAACAGUGCCAACGGUGACAAUGGAGACAAGCGAAAACUGUCAAAACGGAGACAACAGCGACAACGGUGACAACAGUGACCGUAGUGACAACAGUGACCGUAGUGACAACAGUGACAACGGUGACAAGGGUCACAACGAUGACAACAGUGAAAAAAGUGAGAACGGUGACAACAGUGACAACCGUGACAAGGGUGACAACAGUGACAACAGUACCAACAGUGACAACAGUGACAACAGUGACAACGGUGACAACUGUGACAAUGGUGACAACGGUGACAACAGUGACAACGGUGAUAACGGUGACAACGGUGACGACAGUGACAAUGCUGACAACAGUGACAACAGUGAUAACGGUGACAACAGUUGCAACGGUGACAAUGGUGACAACAGUCACAACAGUGAGAACGGUCACAACGGUCACAACGGUGACAACAGUGACAACGGGGAAAACAUUGAAACCAGUGACAACAGUGAUAACGGUGACAACAGUGGCAACGGUGACAAUGGUGACAACAGUCACAACAGUGAGAACGGUCACAACGGUCACAACGGUGACAACAGUGACAACGGGGAAAACAUUGAAACCAGUGACAACAGUGACAACAGUGAUAACGGUGACAACAGUGACAACGGUGACAAUGGUGACAACGGUGACAACAGUGACAACAGUGACAACGGUGACAACAGUGACAACAGUGACAACAUUGACAACACUGACAACACUGACAACGGUGACAACGGUGACAACAGUGACAACAGUGACAACGGUGACAACAGUGACAACGGCGACAACAGUGACAACGCUGAAAAAAGUGACAACAGUGACAACAGUGACAACGGUGAAAACAGUGACAACAGUGACUACGGUGACAACGGUGAAAACGGUGACAACAGUGACAAUAGUGACAACAGUGACCACGGUGACGACCAUGACAACAGUGACAACGGUGAAAAAGUGACAACAGUGACAACUGUGACAACGGUGACAACUAUGACAACAGUGACCACGGUGACGACCAUGACAACAGUGACAACGGUGACAACAGUGACAACAGUGACAACAGUGACAACUGUGACAACGGUGACAACAGUGACAACAGUGACUACGGUGACAACAGGGACACCGAUGACAACGGUGACUAUAGUGACAAAAGUGACAACGGUGCCAACGGUGACAAUGGAAACAAAAGCGAAAACAGUCAAAACAGAGACAACAGCGACAACAGUGACAACGGUGACAACAGUGACAACUGACCGUAGUGACAACAGUGACAAGAGUCACAACAAUGACAACAGUGACAACAGUGGGAACAGUGAAAACAGUGACAACAGUGACAACGGUGACAACAGUGACAACAGUGACAACAGUGACAGUCGUGACAGUGUUGACAAAAGUAACAACAGUGACAACGGUGACAACAGUGACAACGGUGACAACAGUGACGACACUGACAACAGUGACAAUGGUGACAACAGUGACAAUGGUGACAUCGGUGACAACAGUGACAACGGUGACAUCGGUGACAACGGUGCAAACAGUGACAGUCGUGACAAUGUUGACAAAAGUGACAACGGUGACAACAGAGACAAAAGUGACAACGGUGACAACGGUGACAACGGUGACAACGGUGACAACGUUGACAACGGUGACAACGGUUACAAAAGUGACAACGAUGACAACUGUGACAAUGACUAUGGUGAAAACAGUGACAACCGUGACAACGGUGACAAUGCUGACAACAAUGACAACAGUGACAACUGACAACAGUGAAAACAGCGACAACGGUAACAACAGUGACUACGGUGACAACAGUGACAACGGUGACAACAGUGACCACGGUGACAACUGUGACAACAGUGACAACGGUGACAACGGUGACAACAGUGAGAACAGUGACUACGGUGACAACAGUGACAACAGUGACAAAUGUGACAAUGGUGACAAAAGUGACAACAGUGACAACGGUGACAACCGUGACAACGGUCAGAAAUGUGACAACAGUGACAACCGUGACAACGGUGACAAUGGUGACAAUGGUGACAACAGUGAUCGUUUCCCAAAUUUCUGUUCCCUCUGA